AAGCUCCACAAAAAAAACAGUCACGUGAAAAACUCAAUUCAAUUCAAUUCCUCUCAUACAAAACAUCCAUACAUAACAGUUAUUCCAUUACAUUACAAUUAUACAUUACAAAUACAACUAUUUACUUAAUAUAUUUUGAUUUAAAAACCAUUAAUUUAUUAGUCAGUAAUAUCAAUUAAGUAGUAAUCAUUGACUACUCAAAUCUUGAGUUGAAUAUUUGGUGUAUAUUUAUGUGUGGAUACACACCUGUAUAUAAGAGUGGUAAUUGGUAGCGUCCCACUUUCUACUUUCAUGUUGACAUAAUUUUGCAGUCUCUUAUAGCAUCCAAAUUUCUAAUCUAACCAAUUAAUCAUUACAAAUAUGACCAAUACAUUAAAGUCUAUUAUUAAUUUUGAUGCGGUCAAUCGUAGUUUGUUCCCCAAACUACAACAACCACAAAUAGAUAUAUUUAUGGUACAUAGACAGGGUGUGGAUGACUAUCGUAAAGCUCAGCGUGAAUUAGAAAGAUAUACUUUAAAUCCUGAUGAAAUAAAACAAUUAUUGGGGGAAAUGGGUUUAUCCAAAAAAGUUGAUUAUAAAGAUAAAGAGGCAUUAGCUUUGUUGUUAAGAUUACAUAAUUUUCAUUUAUUAGAUCCUAUUAAUGUUAAUCCAAAAGUAUCAGAAAUAAUUGAAGCAUUCAAAGAUUAUAUUGGUUUCAAAUUUCAGGAUAGAAAAGUAAUUCGUUAUUGUCACUUAACAACUGCAAUCAGCAUUAAUGCCCCUCCUGUGCAAUUUGGAUCUUAUGUUGUUGGCCAGACUAUUUCUGAAUCAGUGAAUAGUCUUGCAUCAAAUCCAACUCAAGCCUCAAGCAAGUCUUUCAAACCUUCUACUUCUAUAAGAAAUCAUCGUUUAAAUCCCGUAAUUGGCUUAUUUCGUCCAAAACCAGAAUCUUCAUCAAGAGUUAACUGCGAAUUAUUAACUUCAAAAAUAAAUUCAAACCAAAUCUCACGAUUUGUUGCCGCAGUAGGUGUUAUUAAGUUUGAGACAGAAACACAUUUAGAGUCUGCCGUUCAACAGUCCUUUCAUAACAACAUUCUUGCUAAUUGUAUUAAUGCAUUGAAACUUAACUUUGAAAAAGUCAAUGACGAGAGUCAAGUUGCUAAUGAUACUAUUAGGGAAGAUAAACCUAUCAGAAUUACCCCAGACAUAAUGGUUAAGUUAAAUAAUAUCAAAAUACCAAUUGAAAUCAAAAGAGAUUUAUCACCUUUUAAAUACUUAAUUAACAAUCCAAAUGUUUCCCAUGAUACGAAUGUAGUAAAUAUUUUUUCACAGUGUUUACGUGAAUCAAUUGCAGUAGAUUCAAAUUUAGUAGUCCUAUCCGAUUACUUCAACACCUACUUAAUUGAUCUUAAGAAUGCAAAACUCUUUGGAGAUAUAACUACCGACAACAGUGAUCUAAUUAGAAAUAUGACAUGUCAGAUAAUUGACUUAUCUGAUACAUCGGAAUUUUCAACUACAACUCAAUUAUAUGGUUGCCUUAUACAUUAUUAUAACCAACAAGUUAACGAUUCUAAUAAUUUAAAGCAACAUAUCGAGGAUCAAAAUCUUAAAGUAUUAUUUCCUCUAAUUAAUAAAGAAGUUAUUAAUUAUAAUAUCUCUGUUGCUAAAUAUUGUUCAGAUAAUCAUAUUACAUCAAAGAUCACAUACGAAGAUACUCCAACUGCUCCAAAUAGCAGUGAAGGGAUAAUUACCGAAAUAGCCGAUACUACCCAACUAGAAAUUACUCAUUCAAGAACCAGUAUUCUUCAGAAAUCAGAAUUGAAAUCUACUUCCUUAGAAGAUUUAAGAGCAGAAUAUGAAUUUCUAGAGGUGAUAUCAGGAAAGGCCCUUCAACGUAAUUAUUCAGUUGUUAUUCGUGUAUAUGAUCCUGAAGCAAAGACCGAAAAGAUAAUCAAGAUUUAUGACUGUUUUUGGAAUUGCAAAUACCAACAGAAGCAAGACAUUAAAUAUUGCUAUCUAGAGGCCCUCAAAAGCUUCAGUAAGGAGUUGUCUAGCUAUAGACUGUUGAAGGGUAUUCCUGGCAUACCAACAUUACAUGAAGCUGGAUUUUUAAAUACCUGUGGUCAAAACCAAGAUACUGAAUUUGAUAUUGAUAAAGGAGUGUUGUCAGGGUUUUACUUAAUUAUAGAUUUAAUACCUGGAAAGCCAUUAAGAUCAUAUCCUAAAGCUGAAAGAAAAAAAUUUAAAGAAUGCUGCCAGGCUACAAUUGAUGCUGUCCAUGCUCAAGGUAUUGUCCAUAACGAUAUACACCUGGGCAACAUAAUAAUUUGUGAAAAUGAAGAUGGAUCUUUCUCUGCUUUUUUAAUUGAUUUUGGUUAUAGUGAACAAGCUAAUGAAAGAAAACGUUGGAAUGGUGAACCAAAUGGUUUCUCUAAUAUGCCUAAGAGAGAUGAAAAUCUUGACUCAAGAAUUCAAUAUGAUAAUGAAGACUUAAAUGCAAGUCUCCAAGAAGACCAAAUUGCUGAAAGUAAUAAGAUGAUAACAUUUCAUAGUUUGGAUGCUCUUCCAAGAAAUAAUUGAUAAAGCAUGAAUAUGUAUAUUUGAGCCUAGAUACCUAUAACAAAACUAUAAUCUGAUUCUGAUUCCUCACGGCUAUGAUUAAUUAUUGCUAUGAUUAUUACCUCCUUCUAAUUGAAAAUUGCUGGAUAACAUUAUGUCGCUAUGGUUAUAUAAUUAUUUUAGAAAAUAUAGUAUGUAUAUGAUUCGAGCUAUGCUUUACAUAAUAAAUAAUUCGUAUUCGAUGACACCCCAGACUUUAUUCAAAUCAAAUAUAGAUAAGUUGGACUCCCAUGACUUGGCCGACUUGCUCUGUACA